AUGAUGCGAAUGAGGGGAGGCGGUGAUGAGUCGCAGCAUGAGCAGGAGCAAGAGAAUGAGGAGACAGCCAUAGUCCUGGACGAUGAGGACAAAGCCCUCUGCCAGACUCCUGUGGCACAGAAAGAAGCGGAUGAGAGCAUGAGCCCACCCAUGGACCGUGUCAAGCGACAGCUGAGCUUUGGAUCGGCUUCAUCAGCCGAGUCCAAGCAGUCAAGGCUGCAUAAGUUCUUCCGGUCUCCGUCAUCCUUCUCUGACGACAGCAGCAUCCAUGAGACGCCCAGUCCGCCGCCCAAGAGGCCAAGAAAUCGCAUGGAAGACACUCUUCGUGAGAUGUUGAAGAGUGGGCAGCUGUCGCUUGAUGGGAAGAAGCUGACCCUGACAGCCCAUGAGGAUGUCAUGCCCAAGCUGCAGCAGGAGGUGGGCAAGAAGUUUGGGAGGUUCGGAGGUCGGCCCAUGAAGCCGGUCAGCGAAAGGAGAGGGAUCAUGGGUGGCCAGAAGUCCAACCGGAGAAAGGCCAAUGAGAAACCUCGGCAGUUUGAGUUGUCUGUGUCCAUGAAGAACCGCAUCUGCCAGCAAAUCUAUGAGACCCGUGGGCACCAUCCCGCUGAGCAAGACAUGCUCAAGGCCUUUGCAAAGAAGAGCAAGAUGAGGUUGGACAAGCUGCAGGACAUCUGGGCCAACAGGAGCACAUGGGCUCAGCUCGAAAAGAAGGACCAUGGCAACAUGAUCGGUGGGGAGCAUUCCAAGCAGAGGCCAAGGAUGAGAGCAGAAGGUGCUGGUGCCAAGCGACAAUUCCCUGAGGUCGUCCAGAAACUUGGCCAUUGGCUUGACAAAGAACGAGCCCAUGGUCAUCAGGUGCUGCAGCGGCACCUGGCAUGGCAGUAUGAGCUGCUCCUUCAGGAACACAUGGUUGAGCUUACGGAGCUGCUUGAGUCUGAGAAGAGUAAGGACAUGAGCACAGAGGAGCGGCAGCAGCAUGAGGUGAAGCUAAAGCUUGCAGAGAAGCAGAUUGAGGCCAUGCAUGGGAGCGAGAAGCUGAUGAACAAAAGGGCAAAGACAUUGGCCACAUGGCUUGGGGCUGAGACGAGGGUUCCAAACCUCGUGACCCAGAUCAGUUCCGUGGAGCAGCAGGUGAGGGCUGAGCUCUCGUGGCAACACCAUGACUGGUGCAUUCACAAGGUGGCAUCAGCAGAUGAGGACUUCAUGAGACAGUACUUUGCCAGGCCCAAUGAGAUCACCCCAGCCAUUAGAAAGGCAUGUGUUCUGGGCUUCUCCGAUCAGGUGCCACUCUGGCUGAAGUGUGGGUCCAAGAAAGAAAUCAUGGCUUCAUGGGAAGUAGCAGGCCUCAAGAAGAAGAAGCAGCAUCCGCACCUGCAUGAGCCGCAGCAGACCGCAGAUGAGACACACCCGGCAGCUGAGGAGCCUCAUGAGGAGUCGAAAGCUGAGGAGCCUCAUGAGGAGUCGAAAGCUGAGGAGCAUCAUGAGAAGCAGCCACAUGAGCAGGAGGAACCAGGUGAUGAGUGGAAGCUCGCCAUGCCAGAUGAGAAGCAUGAGAUGGCCCAUUUGACCACCCGUCGGCAAGAGAAGGCCGAUAGGUACAGGGUCACAUUUGAGGCCAUGCAGCUCGUGAGUGGCUUCUUCGACCAUGAGAAGACCCCCGAAGGCCACUGCAUGAGAGGCAUUCUGAUAGUUCCCGGCCAGCAUGCACGGUUGGAUAACAUUGACGAGCAUGGGAAAUGGAAAGAGGAUGAGACAUUCUUCUACAUGGGUCAAGAGAGACGCCACAUCAGAGGUGAGAGCUGCGGCCGAGCUCUCAUCAGCUGGCGAAAGCUGCGAGAUGAGAUGCCACAAGCAUUCCGGCAUUUCUCCGUCAUGAGCCAGCCUGCAUCCAACAGCGAUGGGAUUUGCUUGCCAUGGGUCAUAAAGGAUCAGGCUAGGCAGUUCCCAUUGAGUGUGUGGAUGAGGGAUGCGUAUGGGCCUGCAUUCACAUCAGAUACGGUCAAGACCCUCUUCAUGGGGCAUCAGGUUCAGUCGAGCAUCAUGCCGAAGAUGACAUCAGCAUUACAGCUCACUGAUACAGAUUUUUCACAUGCCUUUAAGGCAUCAGUGAGAAGAGCCAUCGAUGAGCAGAGCAUGAGGCAGGCGGCUCGCCGGAAUGAGGAGGAUGGGCACCAUGAGCAGCAGUUCCCGAAGAUGGGCAUCAAGGAGAUGGCAUUGGCCAUCGACGCUGCCAUGGAGCACAUGAUCCAGAUGAAUGAGAAGACGGAAUGGGUCCUGGCUGGGCUCCGCCGCAAUGGGUUCUUGGCCCUGAGACCUGAUGAGCAUGGCAAGAUGAGGAAGUGCGAUCACGAGGCAUGGGCCAAGGACAAGCCAUUGGGCUGCAAGAGGAUCCAUCCGACAUGGGUCGCCAAUCGGUAUCAGCAUGAGAACAAUGGAGACAUUGAGAAACCCAAUUGGGCUCGCAUUGAGGGAGCCACUGAGUUGAGUGACCUGGCCCAUUGGCACUACAACGAUGGGUUCAAGGAUGCCCCAAGCUGGGAGGACAUCCCAUUUGAUGAGCAUUCCGAGCCUGAAUGGCAGGCAUGCGCCAAGUUCCAGAUGCCAUUAGACCUGAGAAGGGCCAUGCUGGCAAGAGAGGCGACCAUGAGCGAUCAAGCCAAGGCAAAGAGGGAGAGGAGAAGAGAGAAGAAUAAGACCAGGCGGCAGAAGAAGCAACAGGAGCAUCAGCUCACGGAUGAGGCCCGGGAGGAGCUGAGAGCAAGCAUGCAGGAAACCUCCAGGUAUGCCGCCAUGAGGGAUCUGCCAGCAUCGGCCUCGAAGAAAGGCAAGGCGAAGGCCAAGGCGAAGGCCCAGGCCAAGGCCGAAGCCAAGGCCAAGGGCAUGAGCUUGCCCAAGAUGGGCAAGAUGGCCAAAAAGCAGCAUAAGAAGCAGCUCCCUGAGCCGCCAUUGCCUCCGCCACCCGGCCCACCAGCUAUGAGUGCUGACACUGGUGAGCAUGACAUGACCAAGGGCACAUGGAGGAUAGUCAAUGAGGACGCUGGCAUUUCGCUGUAUGGGCGGCAUGGGUCCAUUCUGGGUGUCGGCCGUCAGAACUGCCACAUGCUGCUGGAGAAGGACCAUUUCUUCCCCAAGCAGCAGAAGGAAAUGCUGCUUGACAUGGGGCUCUUGAGCCAGGACCUGGAUCAGCUGGAUGGGCUUGAGCAGGUUCACAUCCUCCCAUACCCAGCCAUUGAGGCCGGCGGCAUAGAGCUGCAACAGCUGCAUUUGGGCUGGCGAGUCCUGCUUUGGCACAUGCUUCAGAGCUCAAUGCCCUGCAAGAGCAUGGGCUUCAUUAGUCCUGGAUGGACACAGCCACUAUAUCUGCAUCAUGACAAUGCCAAAGUGGAUGUGGAUGCAUUCAUUGAGUGCAUCAAAAAGCAGAUGAGUGCUCAUACACUGAACUUCCUCCCCCUGGGGUACUAUGACUCCCUGCCGGAUGAGUCCCAGCGAUGCAGGGACUACGCUGAGAAAAUCUUGGCAUCCCUGCUCUCCAUGGGCCUGGUGCAUGAGGCGGUGCUGCCUCCUCGCAGGAACAAGGUCUUCCAGGGAGUCGAUGAGUGCGGAUUCCAUGUUCUGGCUGCCAUGGAGCAAGAGGCCGCAAAGGCCAUGGGGUUUGGAAAGGCCAGCACUGGGUGGCCUUCGCAUUCGGCGAAGAAGUGGCAUGAGCGGCUGCAUAAGGUCACAAAUGCUCUCCGCACUGAGCAAACCAAGCGACUGGAUGAGCUGAAACAGCAUAAGAAGAAGGAGGAGGCCUUGGGAAUCAAGAUGAAAAAAGAGCGAGAGCACAUGGCGGCCAUGGCUGAGAAACGCAUGAGCAAAGGCCUUGAGCUGACUGCGCUUCAGAUGAUGGCCCAUGAGGUCAUUAGCCAAGGCAAAGUCCUUGAGAUCGAGGACAUGCCUCAGGCAUACUGGGAUGAGAGAAAUCGAAUCGAACUCUAUGAGAUUGGAGUCUGCAGCCGCUGCCGGCAUGCCUCAGGCUGCCUGAGCUGCGAUGAGGGUAAGCUCCUCGCAUACUGGAUGAGGAGGGAAGCCCGCAGAUUGGGCAGGAACAUUGCCCCUAAGUACAAGCUUAGCUCUGCUGGACAUGAGCUGGUCCCAUGA